GUCCCCUUCUUCUCAAAAUCCAAAAACAAUGGAUGAACAGACACUAACCACCGAUGAAGAUCUCGGAAUCAAAAUCUACACAGCCACACCGCCGAUCGACUCGUCCUCCCCCUACACAGACCACCCCACCGGCGGCAGCCGAAAAAGACGAGCAAUGGCAAAAGGAAUGCAAAAAACACUCUCGAAAACCUCAAUGCUAGUGAACUUCCUUCCAACCGGCACUCUCCUAACAUUCGAAAUGCUGCUGCCGUCAGUUUCCGGGAAGGGUGAGUGCACGGCGGUGAACACCAUGAUGAUAAACCUUCUCCUUGGCCUAUGCGCUUUAUCAUGCUUCUUGUUUCACUUUACGGACAGUUUCAAAGGCGGCGACGGCAAAGUUUAUUACGGGAUCGUGACGCCGCGGGGGCUGGCGGUGUUCAAGACGGGGCUGACGGAGGUGGAAGUGCCGAAUGAGGAGAGGUUUAAAGUGGGGUUCACGGAUUUUGUUCACGCCGCUAUGUCUGUUAUGGUUUUCAUGGCGAUUGCGUUUUCGGAUCAUAGAGUCACGAAUUGUUUAUUUCCAGGACACGUGGCGGAUAUGGAAGAAGUUAUGGAAAGCUUUCCUUUGAUGGUGGGGACCAUUUGUAGUGCUCUCUUCUUGGUGUUUCCUAAUACUAGAUAUGGCAUUGGUUGCAUGGCCAAUUGACUGUAUUACCCUCUCCCUUCUUUUUUUUUUUAAUUCUUAUUUUAAUUUCACUACCAAUAAAUACGCUUUUAACUAUUGCGU